AUGAGUCCUUCCCCUGCCAGCUCGAAGACAUGCACGGAUGAAAACGCCUUCCUUCAACACUACGCCGGCAUCGAGCCGACCAAGGCCGAAGGGAAGCUCUUCAAGGCGAGACAGAAGGACGCUUUCGCCGUUAUCGGUGCCUGCGAUGCAUCGGUUUUGCGGCAAGGGUACGUUUCGGUAGACCGGGCUCGAAUGGACAUUGAUUUGAGGCUCAGGAGGCGUCGCCGGCGUGGAGACCCCGGAUACUACCGGAAGGUUACGACACCGCCCGCGACGACGCCCACGACAACAAUGCCCACGACAACCACGGCAUUGCCGCUUCCACCUUCUUGCGGCGCUCUUGACACCUUGCUAUUUGGGACAAACAUGACGGAGUUUGUAAAGAUCAUUGAUUGGGACCGGGGGACUGCGGCCAACGACGGAGUCACUUUCGAUGCUACGCAGGACUGCGUCAAUGACCUUUUCGAGCAGAACGGCGGCGUGUGGCUUAUGGAGGUGAGCCCGGAUGGUAGCACCUUUUAUGAGUGGUCUGUGUAUAAGCAGAUUCAGGAGCGGAGUGGUGGAUUCGAUGCACAUGGCUACAUCUACUGGUGGAGAAGUGCAGACAACCUGAUAAAUCAGCAGUUCGAGCUGUACUCAGAUGUCAACGAUGCUAUCUCCGAGAGUUCCAUGUGGGCCACAUGCACCUACAACGACGCGCAAGCCGGCUUUGCCCGCGACUGCUGCUGUCGUUCAGCAAGUCAGGCUUUCGAACCAGGCCUGGGUGGAACCGGCUGGGGGUUCUUCGCGCCAUCAUCAUAUCGGACCAACAUCCGCUGGCCCAAGAUCAGGUUCUCCAUGCCGACGCAACCGCUGCCGACACCAGCGCCGCCGCCGCCUCCGCCGGCAGCAUCCGGUUUACCAGCCUCUUGCGGAGCUCUUGAUGCACUUUCGUUUGGCACAGACAUGGUAGAGUUUGCGAAGAUCAUUGAUUGGGACCGGGACACUGCGGCCAACGACGGAGUCACUUUCGAUGCUACGCAGGACUGCGUCAAUGCCCUUUUCGAGCAGAACGGUGGCGUGUGGCUUAUGGAGGUGAGCCCGGAUGGUAGCACCUUUUAUGAGUGGUCUGUGUAUAAGCAGAUUCAGGAGCGGAGUGGUGGAUUCGAUGCACAUGGCUACAUCUACUGGUGGAGAAGUGCAGACAACCUGAUAAAUCAGCAGUUCGAGCUGUACUCAGAUGUCAACGAUGCUAUCUCCGAGAGUUCCAUGUGGGCCACAUGCACCUACAACGACGCGCAAGCCGGCUUUGCCCGCGACUGCUGCUGUCGUUCAGCAAGUCAGGCUUUCGAACCAGGCCUGGGUGGAACCGGCUGGGGGUUCUUCGCGCCAUCAUCAUAUCGGACCAACAUCCGCUGGCCCAAGAUCAGGUUCUCCAUGCCGACGCAACCGCUGCCGACACCAGCGCCGCCGCCGCCUCCGCCGGCAGCAUCCGGUUUACCAGCCUCUUGCGGAGCUCUUGAUGCACUUUCGUUUGGCACAGACAUGGUAGAGUUUGCGAAGAUCAUUGAUUGGGACCGGGACACUGCGGCCAACGACGGAGUCACUUUCGAUGCUACGCAGGACUGCGUCAAUGCCCUUUUCGAGCAGAACGGUGGCGUGUGGCUUAUGGAGGUGAGCCCGGAUGGUAGCACCUUUUACGAGUGGUCUGUGUAUAAGCAGAUUCAGGAGCGGAGUGGUGGAUUCGAUGCACAUGGCUACAUCUACUGGUGGAGAAGUGCAGACAACCUGAUAAAUCAGCAGUUCGAGCUGUACUCAGAUGUCAACGAUGCUAUCUCCGAGAGUUCCAUGUGGGCCACAUGCACCUACAACGACGCGCAAGCCGGCUUUGCCCGCGACUGCUGCUGUCGUUCAGCAAGUCAGGCUUUCGAACCAGGCCUGGGUGGAACCGGCUGGGGGUUCUUCGCGCCAUCAUCACAUCGGACCAACAUCCGCUGGCCCAAGAUCAGGUUCUCCAUGCCGACGCAGCCGCUGCCGACACCAGCGCCUUGA